AUGCUCCUCAAAAGGCUCUAUAUUACCCGCCAUACUUUUCGCCUAUCACGAUUAUCACAAGUCUCAGCCAAAGCCAUGUCGAACCCGCUCAAACGUCCAGCUCCGGCGACCCGGGAUUCGUCCUCCUCUUCGGUUCAGAUCAUCUCUCCGCAGAAACCUAGACCUCAAGCCGACGUUCACCUUAAUGAGGAAGAUGAAGAUGAUACCAAACCUACGGAUGCAACUCUACUCUCUCCCACAAUACCGCCAUCAUCAUCAUCAUCAUCAUCAUCAUCAUCAUCUUCCAAAGCGAAAAUAGAGCAACCCGAAGAUAAAGCCGCGGAGCCUCCAGCGAAGAAACCAAAGAUCCACCCGGCGUUGCUUUUGGGCAUGGAGGUGGAUAGUAUGGGGGAUGAUUGGUUUGUUGGGUUGAGGGGGGAGUUCGUUAAGCCUUAUUUCCUCGAGCUCAAGCGGUUCGUCAUCCAAGAACAGACGAAGAACAAGGUUUUCCCGCCAGCUCAUGACGUAUAUUCGUGGACCCGAUUCUGUCCAUUGGCAGGGAUCAGGGUGAAUGACGGGCAGGCACACGGCCUAGCUUUCUCGGUGAAAAAGGGCGUCGCCGUGCCUCCUUCGUUGCGUAACAUGUAUAAGGAAUUGGAGAACGAGUAUCCUGGCGAGUUCAAGGCUCCUAAACACGGCGACCUAUCCAGCUGGGCUCGCCAAGGCGUACUCCUACUUAACACCUCGCUCACCGUCCGAGCGCACGAAGCCAAUUCGCAUAGCAAGCGCGGGUGGGAACAGUUCACGGAACGGGUGAUCAAGCUCGUCGUCGAUCGUCUGAGCAAGAGCGGAGGCGAGGCCGGGGCGAAGGGGGUGUGUUUCUUGGCUUGGGGAGCUGGGGCGGGAAAGUUGGUCAAGGGGAUCAGUCCGCGCGCUCACCACAUCCUCACCUCGGCUCAUCCUUCCCCACUCUCGGCCGCGCGCGGUUUUAUGGGCAAUGGGCAUUUCAAGAAAUGUAACGACUGGCUGGAAGAGACGUAUGGGGAGGGGAAAGGGAUUGAUUGGACGAGCGUGGGGAAGGAGGAGUGAGAGACCAGUAUGCGAAUAAUUUUGAACGCGGAGGCAGGUGCAGAUUGAGGGGGUACGAUUGACGAAUUUUGAUGGAGGUGGCACCGGAAGGUUGGGAAGGUGAAAGCGAUUUAUUACGAACUCUGAAUUACGAAGCAUGAAGACGAUGAUAUCGAUGAUGACGCUUGUGAAAAGCCAAAGCGAGCGGGUCCCGUCCGAGGUUGCGUGUAUUGGCGUGACCAGGAUGAGCACUUUUACGUCGGGAUACAGUAG